AUGACUAAAUAUGGAAGAGAAUUUACUAUAUUAACCACGAAAUAUGCUCAUAUAUUUGCCAAAAAACACUACGGAGUAGAUGUUUUUGAAGGUGACGAUAAAAAUUGUCCAUCUGGUAUUGAAGUUGAUGCUGAGUCUGAUUAUUCACGUACAAUUGAUAAAAGAUUACUACGCACAAGACUAUUUUAUUCAGAUAUAGGUACCUAUAAUUUUUUUGGAUUGAAAGAUAGAGCAGAUUUUCAUCGUGUAACAGAUGCAACAAUGGCUCUUCUUCAGGAUUCAGGAAACUUUAUGUGUAACUGGUCAAUGGCAAGUCCUCUUGUUUGGGGAAAUCCUGAAUCAGAACUUGGGGGAAAGUUUAUAAAAGAUUUUGCAAUUGGUCCUCCUAAAUUAGUUUUCCCUAAAGGAUAUGAGUUUAAAGAUAGUAAUUAUUUCAAGUUUACGCAUUAUGAUUAUAAAAUGGGUAGUAGAUUUGAACCACCUCAAAUGAAAGCAAAUCUUGAUUGCACAAAUGAUACUUCUUACUACUGCAGAGGAUUUAAAUUUUACAAUCCAUUUAAUGAGUCAUAUAUAUCUAUGUUUCGUGAAAAUGAUCAUGUUGAUUUUAUAUCUGCUCCACAAGUUGUUUGUCCAAAAGGAAUGGCAUUGCUACCUGGAAAUAAUAGCCCACAAAUUUCAAUAAGGGAAUGUGGCUAUUAUAAAUGCAACAAAUAUGAUAGCUUCACUUAUUACAUUCCAAAUUCGGCCUACAUUAAUUUCAAGCCACUAAACAUUACUUGCAAUAAGACAAAUAUUGGACAAAAGUUUUAUUUUGUACUAUAUACAAUAAUGGUUGGUUAUUGGCAAUAUUCUGAAAGAGAUUUAAUCUGUCCUGAUCCAGAACUAUUCUGCAGAAGAGUUAAGUUAUAUGAUAUGAAUUUUGUUAGAGAUCCUUCUGAUCUUGAAUCAAAGCAACUUGAUGAUCCAUAUGCAAACACUACAGAUAAUGUUAGUGAUAAGGCUGCGGGAAAUUCAACUGAAUCUCGAAGUCAAAUUGGAAAAGCAUUAUCUUGGGCUGUUUUAAGCGUGACAAUUGUUACAAUUUUUGUCAUAACUGGCUUCAUUAUUUACUAUAAAAAGAAAGAUUUAAAGGAUGAUACAUCAGCAGACGCACGAACAACUUGCGAAAAAUCAUUUAUUUGA